UCAGCUGCUCACACACACUGAGAGCACAUGUUAAAUAUAGAGGCACUCUCACUCCUGACCAGAAACACACUGAAGAAGUGAUCUCUCUCUCUCCCUGUGAGCUCACACACCAAACUCGGAGAGGACGAAGCUUCACACCGCGCUGCUACUGUGGCAAGAGAAGAAGAAAGUGCAGAAGAAGAACGUCAAAGGGAAGAAGACAUUUCAGAAACAACCUGUGAUGUUGUGAGAGCCGUCAGUGAACUCAUCAAACAGGACUUAACAGCUGUGACACGUGUGACGUGCUGAGGCAGGUAGAAAAUGCGAUCCAGGAACUGCACCAUGGAGGGUCCAGAUGACGGACACAUCCAGCCCACUAAAGGCUUCAUCAAGCAGGAGGAGAACACACCAGAGCUCACAAAGAGAAAGAUGAAGGUCCAGCGGGACGAGAACGACGGGAGGACGGCGAAACCUCAGAAACCUGCAGAGAGCAGGAAGGCAGCGCGGGAUCUGUCGAAGACAGAUUUGCUGCAUCUGCUGGGAAUCAUGGAAGGAGAAGUUCAGGCCAGAGAGGACAUCAUCGGCCUGCUGAAGUCGGACAGAACCAGGCCCGAGGCGCUGGAGGCUCACUACGCCUCGGCCGUCCCCACCAAACCCCUGCAGGCGCUGCAGAGGGACGGACUGCUCACCCUCAGCAACAACUGCACCGACGACGUGUACGAGAAACCGAUGGCCGAGUUGGACCGUCUGGAGGACAAACAGAGGGAGACGUACAGACGGAUGUUGGAGCAGCUGCUGAUGGCGGAGAAAUGUCACCGCCGCACCGUCAUGGAGCUGGACAACGAGAAACACAAACACGGAGACUUCAUGAGCAAGAGCGACGACUUCACCAACCUGCUGGAGCAGGAGAGGGAGAGACUCAAAAGGCUGUUGGAGCAGGAGAAGUCCUACCAGGCUCGUAAGGACAAGGACCACAGCAGGAGGUUGGAGAGGGUGAGAGCCGAGCUGGUGAAGCUCAAGUCCUUCGCCCUGAUGUUGGUAGACGAGCGGCAGCUGCAUAUCGAGCAGAUUGACCAGCAGAGCCAGAAGAUCCAGGACCUCAGUCAGAAGCUGCAGGAGAAAGAGCAGCGUCUGGCGGCGGUCACCGUCACGGCCAAGGAGGACAGCCAGAAGGUCCUCAAUCUGGAGGCGGAGCUGGAGCAUAGAGCGGCUAAGUUUGCACAGGAACACGAGGAGAUGGCGGCCAAACUGGCCAACGAAGAGUCCCAAAGCCGCCAGCUUAGGCUGAAGAUGUCCGGAUUGGCACACAAGAUUGAAGAGCUGGAGGAGAGCAACAAGGUGUUGCAAAAAUCAGAGGAAGACCUGCAGGAGCUGAGGGAGAAGAUCAGCAAAGGGGAGAGCGGGGAUUCGUCUCUCAUGACCGAGCUGGAGAAUCUGCGGAAGAGAGUGUUGGAGAUGGAGGGCAAGGAUGAGGAGAUAACCAAAAUGGAGACUCAGUGCCGGGAGCUGAGGAAAAAGCUGCAGGGAGAGGAGAACCACAGCAAAGAGCUGAGGCUGGAGGUGGACAAGCUGCAGAAGAGAAUGGUUGACCUGGAAAAGCUGGAGGGAGCUUUCAGUCGGAGCAAAACAGAGUGCGCUCAGCUUCAUUCAAACCUGGAGAAAGAGAAACGCAUUGUGAGGGAUCUGGCCGGUGAGCUGGAGACGGUGAAGACUCGGUUGAAAGAACUGGAGUGCUCAGAGUCAAAGUUCGAAAAGGCAGAAAUGUUCCUAAAAGACGAUCUUAUGAAGUUGAAGUCCUUUACAGUUAUUCUGGUAGAUGAAAGGAAAAACAUGGCGGAGAGACUUAAACAGGAAGAACAGAAAAGUGACGAUUUAAGCAAGAUGUUCAAAGCAGAGCAGGGCAAGGUUACAGAGGUCACAGAGAAGCUGAUUGAGGAGAGCAAAAAACUUCUCAAGUUCAAAUCAGAAAUGGAGGUCAAAGUGUCAACUCUCAUUAAAGAGAAAGAUGAGGUAAAAACUAAACUUGCAAGUGAAGAGGAAAAGUGUAGGCAGCUGAAUAACAAGGUUGGUGGUAUGAAAAUAAGACUGGAUGGACUUGAGGAGACGGAGAGAGAAAUACAGAGAAAAUCUUCCAUUAAGGACUAUAACAGAAGUCCAGAUGAAGACAAUAAAGUAAAAGAGCUCACACUAGAAAUCGAAAGACUUAAGAGCAGGCUCAAACAGCUUGAGGUGGUAGAAGGAGAUUUAAUGAAAACAGAGGAUGAGUAUGAUCUUCUAGAGAAGAAAUUCAGAAGAGAGCAGGACAAAGCAAAUACUCUUUCCAAGCUGCUGGAAGAAAUGAAAAGUCAGAUUGCCAGAAACAAAGCCAUAGAGAAAGGUGAGGUCAUGAGUCCCGAGGCUGAGCUUAGAAGUCGCUGCAAGAUGGAGGAGGCUAAAUCCAGAGAGCUGCAGUCCGACGUCCAGGCUCUGAAGGAGAAAAUCCACGAGCUGAUGAACAAGGAGGACCAGCUCUCCCAGCUGCAGGUGGAUUAUUGUGUCCUCCAGCAGAGGUUCAUGGAGGAGGAAGAGAAGAAGAGGAGCAUGAGCCACGACUUUGCCAACCUUACCAAGGAGCUGGAAGCCACCAAGCGCUACAGUCACGCCUUAAGGCCCAGUAUGAACGGUAAGAGGAUGGUAAAUGUCCCGGUUACCUCCACGGCAGUGCAGACAGACGAGAUGAUCAGUGAGACUGCUGAGGACGAGACGGCGGCAGGCUUUAUCCGGAAAUCAGUCCUUGAGGAAAACCACUUAAUGAGCAACCUCAGACAACGGGGUCUUAAAAAGCCAACAGUUCUUGAGCGAUACCCUCAAGCUUCGGCAGACCUCGGGGCAAAGAAAUCCUGGAUACCCUGGAUGAAAAAGAAAGAGGCCAUUACGCUCACUCAGACCCUUCAUGACAAGAUGAAUAGCGCCUCCUUGAUCCAUCCACCGGAGAUGACAAGGCAAGGCCAGCCACUGCACAUCCGAGUCACCCCAGAUCACGAGAACAGCACUGCCACCUUGGAGAUCACCAGCCCUCGAGUUGAGGAUUUCUUCUCCAGCACCACCAUCAUCCCGACUCUCGGACUCCAGAAACCUCGCAUUACAAUCGUCCCCAAGCCCACAACGGUGGUCUCAAAGAGCAAAGCCUGUGAGCUGGCGGGAGGUCUCGAUCGAGCCAAAUCCCCGGUCACGAUAACCACCAUCUCCAGGGCCAAGAGUCCCGGGGAGACCAACAGAUGCGGCUCUGACAGACUCCAGUCGCCGGUGUCCAUCAUCACAGUCAGCACCACCCCUGUGGUGGAAGCAUGUGCUUCACCUGAGCCCCACGACAUUACCGCAGGCCGCACAACAGUCAUUAAAGUGACGCCUGAGAAGCAACCUGGCCUGGCACCUUUCAGGAAAUACAACGGCAACAGCAACAUCAUCACAACAGAGGACAACAAGAUCCACAUCCACUUGGGUCCACAGUUUAAGAGGCCUUCUGAGGGCUGCAGUAGUUCAGUGUUGACGCUCAGAAGCUCAGAAAGCAGCAGGGAAAUGUCAACGGGAACGGUGCUCCGCUCUCCACGCCAAUCCUCAACGGGGAAGAUGAUUCAGAGCAAAAUGACGAGCAGCAUAACAAUCACACCCAUCGCCUCGGCAUCCUCCAGGCCGACACAGUCAUUGCCCAGUGUGGACGUGCAGGCAGCUCGCGGCGCGGCCACACGGAUCCCGGUGUCAAAAGGUCCGCUGAUGGACGGCGCCUCUGCAAACAGUCGAUGCUGAACUGAGAUCUGUGAUGGUCGAAGCUCCAGGACAAACAAAGCGGCUGACAGUUCAUCUCACCUCUUGUUGAUGAGACACGAUGCAAACAAGGCUGCAGGUUGAAAUGAAUGAAUCCACAGCGUUCAAGCAGAAUGACGUCAGUUUUAUGCAGUUUAAUAGUCACAUCUGAAAUGUCCUGAACUGUCCUGAAAAUAAUAAUAUGUCCAUGUGCUUUAAAUAAAACAUGAACAGUUUAUGAUCGGUUAGACAUUUACCAACUUUACCAUGAAAGUGUCUGAUGUCAGUGGAAACUCUAAAAUGGUCGAUUUUUGAAUGGAGUUUGGUGUGAGGCUCUUUUACAGGUCAGAACAGUUCAUGCAGAUUUAAGAAUAUUCUGUUCUGUUGCCAACAACACUGAAGACUUCCCACUACGUGUGGCUGGCAGCAUUGCUACAAUAUGUAUUACAAUUGAAUAAAUAAUAAGUAAAAGUUAAACUGCUUUUGAAAGUUACUGGAUUACUUAAAUUAAUAGAAAGCAAUGGCAUGUUGUUUGAAAAUAUAUUUGACGGCAUAAUAAACAUAAGAAUACAUUAUUUGUGUUUGAAGUUUACCAUUUUGUUUUCUUCUUUAAAAAACACCACUGCAAAAAGGUAAUUUUCCAUAUGUGUUUUUUAAAUACACAUGAUAGGCUACACGUUGUGUUUUAGUCCAUUAUUAUUAUUAUUUUAUGACUCUGGUGAUGCUUUAAUCAGACGUACAUGAUAAUGCACCAUCUGUACUUUGAACUG